AUGAAUGAAUGGCGCCAAAAUGAAUACUCAAAAGGAGAUUGUAAAAAAUCUUACAAGCUGCUCGCGAACUCGAUAGUUCACCUUCUUAAUCCAAACGCAAUUCUUGUGGAGCUAUGUAGACAAAGAGUGUCACUUUUGGAGCUGGAUGAAAAGAAAUUUUUAGAAGAAGCAAAAAAUUUUGAUUCUCAAAAGUUUAAAGAAGCAGUCAAAGGACACAAAGGCUUAACUUCUGGUAUGUUACAUGCAAUGUUGUUGAAAACAUACGCUGAUAUCGCUAAAGAAUUAGGAGUUGCUCCGGGAGGCGAAUUUAGACGAGCAUAUCAAGAGGCAAGCUUAUAA